GGAACUGAGCGACGUCGACUGCGACGGAGCGCUGACGCUCGCCGAGUUCUGUGCCGCUUUCCACCUCGUCGUGGCCAGGAAGAACGGAUACCAGCUGCCGGAGACGCUGCCGGAGACGCUGCUCCCCGACUACCUGCAAGCAGCUUCUUUGAAGCCUAUUCAUGACUGCGCGCUAUUUGAUUCCUAUUCUGAGCCAUUGCCAGGCAGUCAACAGCCUCGGGACUUUAAUCGGCCAGAGAAGACAUCAGCUGAAGAGGUACCUGAUAAUUCUGGCCUGAUAAAAGAUGCAAGCAAAGAUGAUAAACAAGUUCUUAAAACAAGCAUUGCUAUCAAACCAAUACCAAAGGAAUUUCAGCACUUGACUGUGAAAACAGUUGCUCAGGAAUCUGUUGCAUUUAGAGCCAGGCCGAGAUCCAGGUCUUAUUCCAGCACAUCAAUAGAAGAUGCCAUGAAAAAGGGAGAAGAGCCCCCUACUCCACCUCCAAGGCCACAGAAAUCCCAUUCCAGAGCUUCCUCUUUGGAUCUGAACAAAAUAUUUCAACAAAAUGCACAAGCUGCAAGGUCAGGCUGGCUGCCCCCACCACCACCUGCACUGCCCCCUCGACCAUCCGUAACUCAGACAGAGCAAGUAUCCGAGGUUGAAUUACAUCCUCAGAUGACUAGACCCCCGUCCCAGGCAGAAGAAAACAGCUCAGCAAAGAAGGAGGCUGUGCUCGCUCAGCCGCCCUCCAAACCUGUCCGCAGGAAGUUCCGCACGGAGACACAAGCGCUGGAGAACCCCGAGCUUUCCCCCACCAUAAAUGUGACUUCUUCCUUGCCAGCGGUUAAGCCUCACCUUCCAGUCCAAAAACAGUCUUCCAAGCAGAAAAGGGCUAUUCAGACUGCCAUACGAAAAAACAAAGAAGCCAAUGCUGUGCUAGCCAGGUUGAACAGUGAGCUCCAGCAGCAGCUGAAGGAAGUCCACAAGGAACGAAUUGCCUUGGAAACACAGCUGGAGCAGCUACGUCCUGUAACAGUCUUAUGACCUUCAGCGUGUUAUUCAGUGGAAGUGAGAGAAGACUCGCACCAAGA